UAUAACAAGGAGGCCAGACACAAGCUGGAGACAAUGAAGAGCCAAAAACUGAGUUUCCUGAGCUACUUGCUAUUCAAAUGGCAAUCACAAGCAACUUUUAUUGGUCGAUCAGUGCUGCCUGUGUUCCUGCUCAUCAGACUGGUGACAGUGGGAGCUGCAGCACAAACUGCCUGGCAUGGCGACGAUUCGGACUUUGUCUGCAAUACACAAAGUCAAGGCUGUAAUUUGGGCUGUUUAGAUAAGCUCAUGCCUGUAUCCCCCAUGCGUUUGUGGACACUACAGCUGCUUCUGGUUUUGGCUCCAGGUCUUGUCUUUCUCCUCCACCUAAUCCACCUCAUCAACCAGGAAAACCAGGUGAGGAUUGGGGGAGUCAAAGUCAAAGCUCACAUUCGGAGGGCAUAUCUGGCUUGUAUGGCUUCUGUCAUACUGGUAGAGGUUGGGUCUGUCCUGGUUCAGUUUUUACUCUAUGGCUUCCAGAUUGAAACUCGUCAUCGAUGUGAAAGCAAACCCUGUUUUCACACAACUGAUUGUGUUGUUCCCCGUGCACCCGAGAAGUCUGUGUUCCUGGUAACUGUGUUUGCAGCUUCCUGCAUCUCCAUCCUGCUGUGUGUGCUGGAGGUCGUUUAUGUGUUGUGGUGCAAACCGAGCCAGGAGGACGGUGCAGAGGCCCUGCAAUCAGAGCCAGAGGUGGAGGAGAGUCAGAGCUUCCCAGUUCAGCUGCUGGCUCUGUGGAACUCCUGUGCUGGAUUCUUGGGUAAAACCAUCCUACCAGUGUUGCAGCUGAUCCGACUCAUUAUUGUCGGGGCAGCGGUGAAGCCAGUGUGGGACAACGAAUUAAAACACUUUGUCUGUGAAUCUAUGCAGCCAGGCUGCAGUCAAGCUGCUUUUAACACAAUCUUCCCCUUUUCUUUGUAUCAGUACUGGACACUGCAGGUGACUUUAGUUUUGGCUCCUGGUCUGAUUUUCUUCUCCUACUUGGUCCAUCUUGUUGUCACGGCAAAGAAGGACAGAGCAGAAGUGGAGGUUAAAGGCCAUGCAGGCCUACUUCGGGCAUAUGUGGGAAGCUUAUCAGCUGUCAUUCUGCUAGAAGUGGGAUUUGCAGUGGGACAAGCUUUGGUUUUCCAGCGCCCCCUGUCAAUCACCAACUUUGUAAAAGCCAUCCCAUGCCCCACUACAACUGAGUGUCAUCUACCAAAGCCAACAGAGAAGUCUGUAUUUAUGGCAAUCGUGCUCUUUGUGUCAUGUCUGUCUGGCCUUCUGAACCUGGUGGAGAUGGGCUUGGUGUUGAAGGGUUGGAGGGUUGAAAAACGCCAGCAGACAAAUUAUGGAGGCUUUCAGAUGGCAUCACUUGUCAAGACAGAAGCAGAUGUUAAAGAGAAGGAUGCCGAUGCCAAACUCAACAUAUGAGGAGGAGAGAAAUGAAGCUUACUGCACUUACCUUUUUCAAGAAAGGGAGAUAUCAAGACACUUCAGCAUAACCCCUUUUAUUAUUCUGUUUGUAUAUUAAAGUGCACUUAAACAAUAUUUAAAAAAAAAACAUUGUAAACUAUAAAAUGUCUUGCAACUACAUAAGAAAAACUGUCUUUCAUUUUAAACGCAUUUUCUGUAAAGACAUUUAAAAAAUGAAAAAAAAAAGUAAUCUAACAAUUAACUUUAACUUGUCAGUUGUCCAUAUAACAUCAAAUUAAAGAUUUUAAAAAAUAAUUAACUGACUAUCACAACUAAAUAAGUAAUUCAGUGUAAAUCUUUUAAUAAGAUUAUGAAAUAAGAGCAAAUAAGAUAAUUUAUUAACUUAUUUAGCUCUUCUUUUUGUUCUGCUUUAGUUAUCAGCUAGUUAUCAGUUAGUUGGUUGAAAUGCCAUGGAAGUAAACUAAAAAUGAUUAAAUAAACUGCUGCACUGGUCAGUAUUAAUCCAUCUGUCUAAUGACAGAGUUUUUACAUUUUCUAAAUUGUUGUUGAUGAUCACAUUGCUGGUCCUGAACCUCCAGAACUGACAUACUAAACAACAUUUAUUCUUUACACUGAUACCUGAUAUUGCUCCAAGGAAAACAUCCUGUAAACAUUUAUA